CGAUCUACCGUUCGAAGAGAUUAUAUCUAGGAUAUUAUCUUAUCUUAUGAUACAACUAACCUCAGUAGUUUACUGUGGAGUGGACGUUGUACCAAGCACGCCUUAAAGUGUGGAUUCAUUAAAGGAGUCCACGUGUUAUCCAAAAAAAAAAAAAGGGAAAAAAAAGGAGAGAAAAAAUCCACCUCCUCUGGGAAAGAGGCUGAGCUUCUACCUGGUUACUUUAUUUAUAAAGGAAGAAGAAGAUGUACGAAGAGAGAUGGUCUGAUUUCUACUAUCCGACAGAUAAUCAGAACGAUAAUCAAGAUUGUCAAAAUUCUUUCCAAUUUUUGAACUGCGAUGCCAAUGCUAAUAAUGAGGAUUACUGCGCCGUCAGGAGCACCCUGGUAACUUCGGCCAGUCGUGGCACCCUUUCUCCUAUAGCCUACACAGCCUGCAACAUGAUUGGCACCGAAAAUCCCUUUGGAAGAUGGAUACCUGACGUUCUGUGUUACUCCACAUUACCCGCCAUCAACCAUUUGGGCAUCGAGACCGCACCCGUAUCCAAUUCGGACAGGGAAGACGACCUGUUGUCCACCACCAGCGUGUCUCCGGUGGACUUGCAACCCCCCAGCGAUCCCGUACCCGUACCUCCUCCCGCCGUGGCACCUUCGCCCCACCAGGCAUCGCCGGCUCUACCCACAGAAGCGGUGGCAGAUCCGUCCCUGUCCCAUCAACCCAAACUCAACCUCAACCUCUCCCUUCUGGCCAACGACAGCUCUUCGGGUCUGGCACUCAGGACUAACGGAGAGAUGGGUGCUGCCUCCGCAUCCUCCGACUCCUAUUCGGCAAUCAGAGAAGAAGAGGUCCUCCCGGAGAACGAGGAGCAGAAUUCGGACGGUCACAGCGGCGACACCACUUCCCAAAACGGCGAUCAACCCCCCAAAAAACGUAAGAGGCGCGUGCUCUUCUCCAAGGCUCAAACGUACGAGCUGGAAAGACGCUUCAGGCAGCAACGUUAUCUGUCGGCUCCCGAACGAGAACACUUGGCCAGCAUCAUCCGGCUGACCCCCACUCAAGUCAAAAUCUGGUUCCAGAACCACCGCUACAAGACCAAGAGGGCGAGGCAGGAGAAGGGACUGGACGUCAACCCCUUACCUUCGCCUCGUCGCGUGGCCGUACCCGUUCUGGUCAGGGACGGAAAGCCUUGCCAACCCCCCGUAGGGGGCAAGAACGUUCAGGAAGCGGGAGGGCCCCAGCUACAGACUGCCGUGUCCCUGCCUUCGGUGGCCACCAUGGCGGGUUUGGGCACCGUAGGAUCCUUCGGAAUGAACGUGGUGGCACCCAACUAUCCCCUGAUCCACCAACCGCGAUGGUGGUGACUGUGACGUUACCGGAAAGCUUCACCAGUGCCUUUUUAUCACUGCACACAAGUUUUUAUCCCGACGACUCAAAAAAUAAACUCAGGACUAAAGGUUAAAGGUUAUAAUUUAUAAACCUGAAGAUACGACUGUUCGAAUCGUUUAAGACAAUUAUUCUUAAGCUCCGUGGAGAGCGGAAGCGUCGAAUUUGGUUCCAAAAUAUUCCAAAAUAACGAAAAGAAAAAGAAAAGAAUUCAAAAAUUCUGCUAGUCAUCUUCACCGUUCGAAACUCUAGUCAGCUUCAAUAAUACUUUCGAGUGUACAUAUGCUAUAACAAAACGACCGGAAACACUACGAAAUGAAUAAUUAUCCGCAAGAUUCUCCUUCAGAGAACACUCUUCACAUCCGAACAAAGCUAAAGAGUCACUUCUGAAGACUAUAAAACAUCCAAAAAAUUAAUUUUAGAAGCUCUCAUCUUAGAAUUUUCAUCCGCAUCACUAGCAUCUUUGUGUUCCAGGUGAUGUUUCGCGUAUUGUUUUAUCGUUUCCCUUUAUUCCCUACGCAUUUAUUUGUAAAGCAUGCAUUUAGUUUCUUUUUUUUUACUCUCUUUCUUACGGUUUCUUUGCAUUUAAUUUCGUUUUAAUAGUCUCAUUGGCGUCGAACGGACCGACUCCUUCCGAAACUCGCUGGAUUUCGAUUUAAAUUAUUUUUCAGACGUAACUAAUUCCUAGCUAAGGAUGCAGAUAAGGAGCUAAAUUAAGACGAGGGAUACUGGGGGGUGGGGGAGUGAGCCUUUGGUUAAUCGAAAGUGUUACGUCAUACACAAAAACUUAAUUUCCAAGAGAUUCGAGCACUACGGCACUCCUUUUGUGUUACUUAAAGCACCAAAAAAGCGUUUGAAAACAGCGGUUUAACAAGAGACGAACUGAUUGAUGGAGCUACUUAACAAGAUUCCUUUGUCACCAUCCAAGAGUUCGAACACGCUCCUUUCAAAGCGCGGAAGUUUACCUCGGGCAACUGCAAACUUCUCCUUUCACCCCCACACAGUAAGGAAGUUUUGCAAACAAGAAACCGGAGGAGGAACGAAGGGGGAAGAGAGGGAGAGACAGAGAGAGAGAGAGAGGAGGUGUUUUAAUAAUUUGCAAAGACAAAAACCAAUGCUUCUGCUCCUCUGAUCCCUGGCGGCUAUACCCUGUUAGAUAAGGCUGUUUAACGCAUCCGGUUGUCGGUAAGAUAAGGCUCAGCAAUAACUAGACACUUGCUUCCGAUCAUUCGUUUACCCCUCGUUUUGUUAACAUCGGACCCGAGCUCCUCUCUACUUCCUCCCCCUACCUCCCCCCUUUCGUCUAAUGGCCCAGGCGCUUUUUAAUUUCCAUCCAAACUUUCCCCCUCCUGGAUGCCUUAAACCAUCUGGCCGUAUUUUUAUCGGAUAAAACGUCGGCGCCAGCAGUUAACAGUUCCUGCGAGGUAGAGGUUGUGGCACAUCCCUAGGCCCGUGUGGCUGUUUAAUAAGAAUCGCAUCGAUUGUGGCAAAACCCUUUUCUUCCACAGAUUAUGGCUCCGGAAUGAAAGGAAAGCUUUGAUUAGGCCGAGACGUGACGGAUUUUUUUCUGUAUUUUAAUGCCAAAAAAAACACCCUUUCCUCCUCGCUGACCGACCGGAAUUUCGGUUUCCAUCCAAAUUUAAAUUGGCACGACCCAAAAUUCACUAAAAAUUUGACCGGUUUCUCUUUCCUCCUCGCUCGGGACGAGAUGACAAAAUUAAACAUCAGACCCCCCUCCUCCCGCAUAAUUUUGCUCCUUAAGAAAUUAGGAAACUUCGGGACACAUCACGAGUUCCAAAAGUUUCGUUUAGGUCUAAUUUAGGACCAUCUUUCAGCCAAUUUUUUGUCUUUCCAAAGCGUGAAAGAUAGAUCGAAACGACCUUCUACCAUCCGUAACUAGUAAUAGUUAGAUAUAGCUAACGUCUACUGUUAUUUGUGCGUGAAAAGUUUAAAAAAAAGUACGUUAGGUAUAUCAAAAAUAAAAGAUAAAAAUACAAUAAAAUAAAAUGUUUUCUUAGCAUGUUAAUCGCAAGUUUAAAAGUUGUACAUUAUUUGAAGAGUGCGAGGAGACGAAAUCGUGUACAUAACUCUGUAAACGAUUAUCAAAUUGUGUAACUUGUUGUCUGAACGGAAGCGUUCUAAUGUAGACAUGUUAUAUCCAAAAAAAAAGAAAGAAAGUCAAUAAAUAAUGUAGUCAAUAAAAUUA